AGGGAUGCGGUGUUUUCUUUCGAGGGACAAAGUGAUAGCUGUAGUCCGUAUGUGCAGCUGGGCCGAGUCCCGACCGCGGGCGGAAGUAACGCAGGAAGCUGAAGUUUCGCUUCUGCUUUCGUUUUCAAGCCAUCAGGUUUCCCUGAAGCGAUUACGUUUACCGAUAGGCACUUUUAAAAACAAAGUAUAGUGGACGUACAACAUCGUGUUAGUUUCAGGUGUGCAACAGAGACUCUACAGCUAUAUAUAUACCUUAGGAAGUGAUCGUCGCGGACACGUGCCUGUUUCAAUCUGGGAAGCUUUUAAAUGAAACGCGCUUAAAAUCUUAGGUCAUACACAGAAGAGAGACCCCAAUCAACAAUAAGGUGGAAAAGAAGAAUGUUGUCCUUAGACAACCUACAGAAUGUCAUCCAUAACCCGGUCAUCCCCUAUGUUGGGACCAUUCCUGAGCAGUUGGACCCUGGAACUUUGAUUGUAAUACGCGGGCACGUUCCUGGCGAUUCGGACAGGUUCCAGGUGGACUUGCAGUGUGGCAGCAGCGUGAAACCCCGAGCUGACGUCAUCUUUCACUUCAACCCACGUUUCAAAAGGAACAACUGCAUUGUUUGCAAUACUCUGAAAAAUGAGAAAUGGGGAUGGGAAGAGAUCACGUACGACAUGCCUUUCAAAAAAGAAAAGUCUUUUGAAAUUGUGAUCAUGGUGCUGAAAGAGAAAUUCCAGGUGGCUGUAAAUGGAAAACAUACACUGCUCUAUGCUCACAGGGUGAGCCCAGAGAAAAUAGAUACUCUGGGCAUUUACGGCAAAGUGAAUAUUCACUCGGUCGGCUUCAGCUUCAGCUCGGACUUAAAAAGUACCCAAGCAUCUACUCUGGAACUGACAGCGAUAAGUAGAGAAAAUGUACAAAGUGCUGGCGUGUCACAGCUUCCCAGUAACAGAGGAGACACUGAUAAAAUCGUACCCAGAAGUGUCUACACCAAGAGCAAAGGUUCUGCUGUCAAUCACACUUUGACUUGCGCCAAAAUACUACCUACCAACUGUUUGUCAAAGACUCUGCCAUUCGUUGCGAGGUUGAACUCCCCAAUGGGCCCUGGACGGACUGUCGUCAUCAAAGGAGAAGUGAAUAAAAACGCUAAAGGCUUUAACAUUGAUCUGCUAUCAGGAAAAUCAAAGAAUAUUGCCCUUCACUUGAACCCACGCCUGAAUAUUAAAGCCUUUGUAAGAAAUUCUUUUAUUCAGGAAUCCUGGGGAGAAGAAGAGAGAAAUAUUACCUGUUUCCCAUUUAGUCCUGGGAUGUAUUUUGAGAUGAUAAUUUAUUGUGAUGUUAAAGAAUUCAAGGUUGCAAUAAACGGUGUACAUAGCCUGGAGUACAGACACAGAUUUAAAGAACUGACCAGUAUCGACACGGUGGAAAUUGAUGGAGACAUCCACUUACUGGAAGUGAGAAGCUGGUAGCUGACGUGACUGCUACAAAUACAAAUACAAAAUGGCUUAUGUAACACGGGCCUUGUUAAAAUGCAUCUCACUAUCAUUGUAUUGUUUAUACAUACUGUUCAGUGAGCUUCCAUAACAUUAAUCCUACUGCGUGUUCUCAGUCCUUGUCAUGUAGUGUGGCUUUGUGUAGCGGAGGAGGAGGCAAUUUGAGGCAGCAGGAACUUACAGCCAUUAUUAAGGCCUUUCUCCCUCCCCCACCCUGGCCUCUUGUGUUUUAACCCACUUCCGGUCGAAGCGCCUAAUGUGAUACAGUAGCUAACACGCACUGAGCACUUACCUUUUGCCUGCACUGUGCUGGGAGCUGGGGAUGUAAACAGUGGGGCCCCAAACCACGUUUCCUGUUCUCUCGAGCUUGGAAUCGUCUGUGCUGUGCUGUGCCCUUGUGCCACUUUCUUCUGCAGGUAUUGGAUAAACUCACUAGGGACUUAGAAUUACUCAGCUAUCCAUACUAAUUUAUAGAAGACGCUACUCCCACCCCAGUGAUCACAUUCUUAAUGAGCGUCUGUCAUCUCACAGCUGAGGGGUUAAUGCUGACUUCCAUCUAGCAGUUUCAUUUAGCAUAAUAUCUAGCUGUACUAUAAAAGCAUCACCAAAUCAUAAACUCUAUGAAAUUUGAUUAAGGCAUAAGAAAACCCAAGCAAAACCCCCAAAAAAUAAAUGGUGUUGAAAUUAACUUGUCUAUUGCAAGCACUGAUUUCCAUACCAGGAAAUGCUUAUUUUAGAAUAUUUGAAUUUAGGGCUCAAAGGUGUGCAUGUACCUCUCCAGCAAGUUUAAGGUAAAAGAGGAAUUCAAUUUGUAAAGCGUUGAUGGGUAACAGAGCUUAGUCAAGAUUUAAUGAUUGUUUAUAAAAUAGGCACUAUGAGAAAGUCAAAUAUACCACCUGAGACCAAAGCAGAGAGGAACAUGACACCUGUUGUCCACGUGUGAACCUGCCGAUUAUCCCAUCAUCAUUAGCCACUGAGAUCAAAACAUUGUUCUACUUUAAGUGAUUAAAAUCAAACCUGUAUCAGCAAGUUAAGUUGUUGCAUUUCUGUAAUUUUUUCUAUUAUUCUUUGAAGCAAGUUGGCAGAAAUUCUUUGUGGAAUUCUUACAGGUCAGAUCUUGUUACAGGAAAAUUCAAAGGUUUGGAGUGGGGAGGUAAAAAGCUAAAUCAGUUAGAUCGUUUUAUCAUAUUAAAUUGCUGGGUGGGAUUCUGCAAGGAUUUAGGAGUUAUUUUCCUAACAGAUUUCAGUUAGAUAUUAUUUGUAUCCAUAUACUGAAAGGAAUACUAUUACCAAUCUUACUUGAUAAAAGUACUCAGUGUAGGAACUUCUAGCACUUUCUUUCCACCUUUUCAUGUUAAUUAUGUUGAGUCUUGUCAAGCUCAAAAAACAUGGGUGGGGGCGGGUGUUUGGGAAAGGGGUAGAAGGCAGGAAGACUUGAGACUCCCCAGGGUUAUUUUUUUCUUUAUAUAAGAACAUCCGAUUGCACCACUGGGAUUUUCCUCUGUCUUAAACACAGUUCAUUUUUAAUUGACCUGGAGAUAUGACUAAGACCUGUUU